GAGCUGGAGAGAGCGAGGCAGUUCGGAGGGCAGGACGGCGCGAGGCGGCAGGCGGGCCCCGCGGCUCUCUGCUCGCCCACCUUCCACCCUUCCUCUCUGCUCUUCCCCCCCCCAGCCCCCCCCAAAAAAAAACCCCAGCUUCUUUCUCUCCACCCUCACCCAUUCCUCUCUCCCAGACCUUCGAUUUAGCCAAAGGUAGGAGGAGGCAAAGAGCCGGGGAGCCCUCUCCCCUCACCCUCCAAAAAAAAAAAAAGAAAAAUCCAGAACCGAAUUUGGCCCGUGCCUUGGAGAAAGAAAAGCCCGUCGCCCGCUGAGCCAUGGAGCUGCUGUGCUGCGAGGUGGACCCGGUCCGCAGGGCCGUGCCGGACCGCGCCCUGCUGGACGACCGCGUCCUGCAGAAUCUGCUGGCCAUCGAGGAGCGCUACCUGCCCCAGGGCUCCUACUUCAAGUGCGUGCAGAAGGACAUCCAGCCGCACAUGCGCAGGAUGGUGGCCACCUGGAUGCUCGAGGUCUGUGAGGAACAAAAGUGUGAAGAGGAGGUCUUCCCUCUGGCCAUGAAUUACCUGGACCGGUUCCUGGCGGGAGUCCCCACUCCAAAAACUCAUCUGCAGCUCCUGGGUGCUGUGUGCAUGUUCCUGGCUUCUAAGCUCAAAGACACCAUCCCGCUGACGGCGGAAAAGCUGUGCAUUUACACCGACAACUCCAUCAAGCCCCAGGAGCUGCUGGAAUGGGAACUGGUGGUGUUGGGCAAGUUGAAGUGGAACCUGGCCGCCGUCACUCCUCACGACUUCAUCGAGUACAUCCUCCGCAAGCUGCCCCAGCAGAGGGAGAAGCUGUCCCUGAUCCGCAAGCACGCCCAGACCUUCAUCGCCCUGUGUGCCACGGACUUCAAGUUCGCCAUGUACCCGCCAUCGAUGAUCGCGACCGGAAGCGUGGGCGCGGCCAUCUGCGGGCUCCAGCAGGACGAGGAAGUGAGCUCGCUCACGUGUGACGCUCUCACGGAGCUGCUGGCUAAGAUCACUCACACUGACGUGGAUUGCCUGAAAGCAUGCCAGGAGCAGAUCGAGGCCGUGCUGCUGAACAGCCUGCAGCAGUUUCGCCAGGAGCCACGUGAAGGAUCCAAGUCUGAGGAGGAACUGGACCAAGCCACGACCCCCACAGACGUGCGAGACAUCGACCUGUGAGGGCGCCGGGCCGGGCCACGAGAGAGUCGCACCGAUCAUCUGUUCUCUCUCUCUCUCUCUCCUCUCUCUCUCUCUCUCUCUCUCUCCCUCCCUCUCUCUCUCUCGGUUAUGCUUUGUUAUUUGUAUUUUAGGAUGAAACUUUAAAAAAGAAAAAGAAAGAAAAAAAAUCUACCCCCACCUAGGUCAUAUUUUAAAGGUCUUUUAGAAGUGAGAGAAAAUGGUCCUGCAAAAAAAAAAAAGACAAUAAUUCAGCGCAUUUGGUGCCUAUUCAAAAGUACAACAUAAGGGAAUCCCUUGUAUAUGCGAAGUUUUUGUUUGAUGAUGUAAACGUCGUCAUAAAACUGCUUACAGGAAAAUCUGCAGAGUAGCUAGGGAACGUGUACGCCUGCAACAUGGGAACAAAAUAGAGACUCGGUUUUCUGUGUUUAUGAACUAGAACAUGUGCCCCCUUUUAGUAGAAUUACAAAGAACUGUGUACGCCAACUAAGAGCAUGUUUAGAUUGCAAAGCAGUAUGAACUCAAGAAGGAAUUAGAAACCGGGAGGGGCACGGUGGGGAGAGAGCGCAAAACAACCCGUGUGAACCAUAUUGGAUGUAAAUUCACGCCUAACCACGUGUGACCAAGACUGAGCACGGUGGAUCUCAAAGAUCCAUCCAUUUGCUGUCUGCAGUAGCUGCUACCUAAGGGAGAUGUUUCCUGCCAGUUGGGUCUUGAACCUCGGUUUCUUCUUCUAAACCUGCUUUGUUGUAGACAAACCCUAGUGUUGUCUAAUGGGGGAAAUUAGCCACGGGCUGUAACCAUGCCCAUCUGAAAUGGGGGCAGACGGAGACCACAGGUGGGAUCUGGAACAAGUCUUCUCCUGAGGGAAAGAGGGUGAGGUGACCUUCCAUCCCUUAUUGGGAAAAAAAAAAAAAAAGACAAGACAAAAAGAAAACACUUUAAUUUUUGGUGCUGAUUGGCAUGUCUGGUCCACAGUUUAGCAUUGUUAUAAACCAUUCCAUUCGAAAAGCACUUUGAAAAAUUGUUCCUGAGGGGUAGAUGGGAUGGUUUAUGCGAAUCAUGCUGAAAACUCUUUCCUUCUUCUCUCUUCCUGCCCCUGCCCUUCCUGCCCCAGUCCAGUUACUAAUGUAUUUCUGGAAUCUGA